AUGAAGCCCGAAGAGAAGCCCAACCGGCCGCCAUCACGGCUGGACUGCAUAAAGUACUUCAAUGCACUAUGGUCCUGCUACUCGCCAUUCCACCAGAUGCAGAACUAUUACCGCUACGGGGUUUUUGACAACUGCUCCAGCAAGUGGCGCGAUCUCGUCGACUGUCUCAUGCUCAAGACGAAGUCGAGGGCGGAGGUAGAGGAGAUGCUCAUGGCGCGGGAGAAGGCCAGGCCGCACUUCUGGACCUACCGGACUGUCGACGAGGCGUCAGCGAACUGGUGGAAGAUGUACAAGCACAGGGUGAUGAUGUCAUCACCGCCAAAGACUUUUGAUAUUUAUGUCUGA